GCAAAAAGUGGGCGGGGCGCGUUACGUAAACAAACACUGGCAUGUUCGAGACGGGUCGUGCGUGCUAUUUUUUCACUGUAGCUCAGCUGAGCGUGACGCAGCGCGACGUACAGUUAUAGACGUCGGUGUCGGUUACACACUGAAGUCAUGAAGCCUCGUGUGUUAACGAUAAUUUCUUACUCACGGGCACAUUAAAAGACCAUCAGUUCCUGCGAUCAGCGACAGCGUCUCGGGACACGCACUGUCGAACCGGUGGCUUAUAUAUCAGCUCUAGUUACAAAGACACGGGUGAAUACUUCUUCAACAGCUGAAGGGCGCAAUGGUGGAUUAUUACGAUGUCCUGGGAGUGUCACGAAAUGCUUCUCCAGAUGACAUCAAGAAAGCUUACAGAAAACUGGCUCUGCGUUGGCACCCUGACAAGAACCCAGACAACAAGGAAGAGUCGGAGAGAAAAUUCAAGGAGAUAGCAGAGGCCUAUGAAGUUCUUUCAGACAAAAGCAAACGGGACGCUUUCGACAGAUACGGUAGUGCAGGCAUACCAAGUUCGGGAUCUGGUAGCUCAUUUGCUGAUGACUUCCCAGGAUUCACCUUUACAUUCCGCAAUCCAGAUGAGGUUUUUCGAGAGUUUUUUGGAGGGCAGGACCCAUUCGCUGACUUCUUUGAUGAUUUUCCAUUUGGAGGGCUGCACAGUGGAUUUCACAGCUCCUCCUCCAGGCUUGGACCUAGUCGCUUCUUCUCCUUUCCCUCAGCAAAUGUUGAUUUCACCUCCUUCUCUUCCAUGGGCGGGAUGGGCAGCAUUGGAGGAUCAAACUUUAAGUCUGUUUCUACUUCAACCCGCAUUGUCAAUGGAAAACGUAUCUCCACAAAAAAGGUCAACGAAAAUGGACAGGAGAGAACAGAGAUUGAGGAAGAUGGGGUUCUGAAAACUGUUCUCAUCAAUGGUGUGGAGGACGAGAUGGCUUUAGCUAUAGAACUGAGCCGUAGAGGAGAAACUAGACCAUCCCAACAACCACAGCUUCGCUCCACUCACGACACCCAACCAAACCCUGCCCAGCGCUCAUUCAGCGCCGCCCCUUUCUAUCACUGCCCCGAUGGCAGCGACGAUGAGGAGGACGAAGAGCUGCAGAUGGCCCUGGCCUGCAGCUUAUCAGAGAUGGAGGCCAAGCAGCGAGGAGAGGACAUGAUUUCAGGUGCUGGGAAAGGGAGGGUAAAGCAACCGGGGGGUGGGAAUAGGAGGGAUGCUACCCAGAAACCCAAAUAUGAAAGAGGAAAGACAGAUGUUUCAGCAGACAGCACCUCCUCAUCUUCAGAGAAUAGAGGGAUGGAAAAUGGGCUGGAUGAAAGCAUGCGUCCAGAAAAUGCUGUUGUGAAAGAAAAGAAAAAUGGAAAAAUUGUGGCCAAUGGGCCUGAUGUGAUAAAAAAGCGUAGGAAGUGUCAGUGUGUAGUUUGUUAAUAAGUCUGCACUGCAGUACUAAUGGUGUGUGUGUGUGUGUGUGUGUGUGUGUGUGAUGGUAGCAGUGUUGAUCUGUAGUGUGCUUGAUCGUACUGAAGUUUUGAACUGUGACCUGGCUUAAAGCUCUCUGUUUGUGGGGUCAGGGGGGCUUAUGAGAUUGCACAAGGAUGACAGUACUGAAUUUAUAUUUUCUUCCAGAAGUACUAUUAAUGGGUGCCAAUGUAUGUUUAUAUUCUACAUGGAGUGCUGCUCAUACACCAGCUAAUAAUACAAUAAUACAUAUAUACAGAUUUGUGUGGUUAAAAACUAGCAAUGAUAGAAGUAAGCAAUAUGGUUGAAAAAGAGAAUUACAGCAUCUUUAAACCAAACAUAAGAAAAAUAUAUUACCCUUAAGAUUUUCAUUUAGAUGAAAUAUAAGAUAUUGCUAUACACGUAUGAGCAUUGCUGCACUCUAUAUAUCACAAACUGGUGCAAUUGGUGCUUGUUUGGCAACUCAUUUCCAAUUUGCUUAGCAUUUAUUCAUUACAACAGAAGUUUUGUAUGAGGUCAGUGCUUCUGCAAAGGCCUGCAGGGACCUGAGUUACAGUAUCUUUAAGCACAGUCAUUUUGACGCUAUACAAAGAUGUACAUACAGGUUUAUCUGUACUGUA